GAACUGCGCAUGUGCAGGCCGUCAACUCAAAAGGCACUGCUUCGAUAGUGUUUUUGACGAAUUUCGAGUAAUAACACAAACUACUUAAGACAUUGUCUCGAAUCUAGGUUUUGCCUUUAGAAAAUUAACAAAUAAGGAAUAUUUUUUCACUUCUUUCAUUUACUUCUCCAACCCCAAACCCCGGCCUGGUCUACUUAGUCUGCUUCGAACGCUUGCGCUUUUGCGUCUCUGGGUUUAGAAACUCUGUGUCCACACCUUGGCCCACACACCGCGACGCAAGGUGACGUUCAAUUGCACCGACGUCAAACGUUGCCCCCCACCAUGCGUAUUAAAUGUAUUGUUGUUGGAGUGGUUGUUAUGACUGGACAAGGCCUCGGUUUAAAUUAGGAGACCCCGCCGUCGCUGCCACGGUAGACCUGCCGAUGGAGGGCAUGGACAUAGACCUGGACCCGGAGCUCAUGCAGAAAUUUAACUGUAUGGGCACCACUGACAAGGAUGUCCUCAUCUCAGAGUUCCAAAGACUGCUGGGGUUCCAACUCAACCCGGCAGGAUGCGCCUUCUUCCUUGAUAUGACCAACUGGAAUCUACAGGCAGCCAUCGGUGCAUAUUAUGACGUUGAGAGUCCCAGCAUCAACACAUCAUCCAUGUCCUUUUUGGAGGAUGUGACGAUUGGUGAGGGAGAGUCUGUUCCCCCCGACACACCGUUCACAAAGACCUGGAGGAUACAGAACACAGGUGCAGAGUCCUGGCCACCCGGGGUAUGUCUGAAGUACAUUGGAGGGGACCAGUUUGGCCACAUCAACAUGGUGAUGGUGCGCUGUCUAGAGCCCCAGGAGAUCUCAGACGUCAGUGUGCAGAUGCACAGCCCUGCGUCACCUGGCAUGUACCAGGGCCAAUGGAGGAUGUGCACAGCCACAGGACAGUUUUACGGAGACGUGAUCUGGGUGAUCCUCAGUGUAGAGGUGGGGGGCCUGUUGGGCGUGACACAGCAGCUGUCCUCCUUCGAGACAGAGUUCAACACGCAGCCGCACCGCAACGUGGAGGGAGACUUCAACCCCUUCGCCUCGCCACAGAAGAGCAAACACAACGCCGGAGACCACAACAACUUGAAAGACCCUGGYGGAGCCUGGGAGGGCACGCAGGACGCCAUCCAGCAAGAUCAAAACGGACUGUCUCACAAUUCUGUAAAUAGAGCAUCGAAUGGGCUCCAAAGCAAUCUAUCAGUAGUGACUUACAGUCAGGGUAUUCAUGGCCCCUAUCCGUUUGGCCAGAGUUAGAAAGAUGGAGAUCCAGGCGGUGCUGAACUGACCUGGGUAUGUUGAGGCAGGGGCACCGGAGAGGGGAGUGACAUAUUUCAUACAGACUCCAGACAACCCUCUUCCUUGCCCCAAUCCACUAAAACACAAGCUACAGAGAGAACAAGGAUGCACCUACCCCAGCGAAUAACCCCCUACCAACAUCAUCAGCACCCUCCUGAGAUCUGCAUGUGUAAAUGCUACAUAAUGAGUGCUAUAAAUCCUAAAAAAGAAAUCAUACUACUA